GGAAAGUGCGUCGAAGCAGAUGUCAGACCUGUCAUUUACCAAAUACUCACGAAUUGACGAAUGGUGUCGACGAAGGAAGGAAGUUGAAAUUAAUUCAAAAAAAGAAGAAUAAAAAAAGAUUUCAUAUGAAUUACGGGAAGCUGAUAGCUUAAACGCAUUCGAUUUGCAAUGAUGCCUUCUGGAACGCUAGGAAAAAAAUUGUGCUACACGCUGUUUCUAUUCGCCGAAGAUGCAAUGCUUUGAAGAAACAAGUAAGAGCCACUUAAUUUCCAGGAUCGUGAGCUUCCAAAUGACAUUCGCUAGGGAAUGAAGAAAAAGAAAUUUUGACAGAGAAUGGGCUUUAAAAGAAACACAAUUUGUUAUAAUAUGAUACGAAUGGCUUGUAUGAAAAGUUUGUUAGCCUUUUUUCGAGCCUUUUCAUAAAAUAUGUUUUGCGAUUUUAUGAUUUCUACCAGAGGUGACGAAUGAAUAGCAGAAUGAGAUGCCCGAUAUGCUUGAAGGUUUACCUUUGAGAAAAAAAGUUAUCUGGUUCCUUUCAUGGUAUUCUUCUUGGUUCAUCAGAGGCCUGAGAAGCUGAAAGUCUGAGAAACACAACCAUGAUUCUUUCAAACUAUCGUACUCCGAAAUGGUCUUCUGCUAAAGAGAUUUCUUUAGAGGUCGCUGAGUACAGAAAAAUGAAGGGUUUGUAGCCCUGAUGUUAGAAACCUUUUCUUUCAACGAGAUCAGACAAAUAAUUGUAAGUCAUUCUGAGAAGGAUAGACGUUCCUUGUCUAACUUGAACAUAUCUUUCUACAGAUAUUCCUUUUUCUUUUCAAGUUGAGAACUUAUCCUUCUAUAUCGUUGGUUCAUAAAGGUGUAGCUUGUCCAAAGAAGAAUGAUGGUUGCCUUUUGUACUGAUUCACUCGAUGCCUUGUAUACUAUCGCAAUUCCAAAUUGAAAAUCGAAUAUACUCUAGAAUGAUUUCGCAAUCUUGGUAUAGCAACCUUUCUCUUUUGGAAUGCUGUCUGUUUAUUUGUUUACAUACUCGUUGAAAUUCACUAAUAUUUUUUAUAUGAUAUUGUGAGCUUUUAUGAGGCAUACCGCGCUUUAAAGCAAUGCGGUACGAGGCUGCCAACACCACAGGCGGUAAAACCAUAGACGACAAAAUUUUUAGCAGGCGGAUGGUGGAGUGUUUUGCCUCUAGGAAAACACAAUACGGACGACUGCAGUCAACAACGCCAAGAUUUAGAGCGGUUUUUCUGCGAAAAUCUCAGUGGUAUUGACGAUAUUGAACCAUACCAUUGAAUAGAUCUCUUCGAGAGGAAUCGAACGGUGCCCUAUAAUCAUGAGUUCCGUUGCUAAAAAUGCGAGGGCAUACCGUCAACGAAAAGUUGGUAUCAAGACGGUGAUGCCUAUAUGUUUAGAAAAAGAUAUACCUGAUUUUGAUGAAGAAGUCUCCCAGCAGCGAACAGUGCCGCAGGUGGAGACAGGCGUCGAAAAAGAAGAGGAAGAGGAAAAACACUUACAACAAGUCAUUAACGCUGCACAUGAAGCCAUUAUACGAGGAGAGGCAAAGAAGGUGGUUAUCCCUACUCGUGAAGUAAAAUCUAUCGGUGUAAUAGACCAUUAUUAUAAACGGAAUUUUAUUUGCCCAAAAACCUUACUGCGCUUUUCAUUAACAGUAGAAGAAUGUAUUAGCCCCGUUUAUUGCAUGGAUGAGCAAGAUCAGAAAUUUUUUGAUGAAUUAAAAGAGUCCCAAUCUUCUUUUACUAAGUUUUCCGAAACGGAUUUUGAAUGGGUAAUCCAGAUUUUAGAAGACGAGAUCGAUGAAAAGCAACCUUUUUUAAACAUGGACACCUCUCAAAUAUUGUCUCUUUCAGAGUUAUUGCCUGCAUUUGAGGAGCGUGAUCUGAUGAAUUUAAAACCCCUUGUUACUCAUGUUUAUCCCUAUUGGCGCGAGCGGCGCAUUCAAUCAGAAGGGAAACGUAUUCUACUUACUGCACAGGUUGGUGACGACAAGGAAGACGAUGAUCCUUAUGUCUGUUUUCGCCGACGGGAGGUUCGACAAGCUCGUAAAACUCGCCGCUCAGAUACACAAUCUAUGGAUCGUUUACGUAAACUACGUUUUAGCAUGGAAACUAGCUUCCAAUUACUUGACCAAGUAUGGAACCGUGAAAAGCUUAAACUACAUGGCAUUCAGCAAGACUUCUCUAUUUUCCAGCAUCGUUGCUUGGUCAAACGGCUAAAGCGCUCUUUGAAUAUAAACGAUGGCGACGAGGACCUAAUUAAUCCCAAGCGACGCCCCAUUGAACCAAAACCGGUAGCUCCGAUUGCUUCUCCUUCUCCUGCACCACCGGCUCGUCCUGCUGCUCAUACUCCGGCUAAUCGACCAGCUGCUCCACGUACCCUUGAGGUCAAACCAUUGCUUAUGUUAGAUGACAUGAUUGCGUCGCAAAUCACUCAAUUUCAAAUUCGCCUACAAGAGCGACUCAACAAAAAAGAACAAACAGAUCGGAAUUGGGUUGAUGUUUUUGAAAAUCCUAGUACAGUUGUUCCGAUUGACUACCCCGACUCCUUUUAUAGAAACAUACAUUCACAAAUCGUCACAGGCUCACCACCACAACUCUCUAAUCCCUCUAAUAAUGCUGUCCUUUCUUCAACUCCUUCCUCCCCUUCAUCUGAAACUGGUCCUACUUGGUCACCUCCUACAUCAUUAACUUCCAACUCUCUUCUUGCAAGACCACAAUCAGUAUCUGUCAAAGAUUCCUUACACCAAUAUAAUCACCUUGUAUCCGCACGAAAUCCUCUUUGCGUAAGACAACGACGUGGUCGAGGAGGACGUCUCAUGCUUGAUCGAACUCGAGCUUUGCCAAUUCACAAACAACGUUUACCAAGUAACCGUUUCGAAGAUCGCUGGUUUUUCGAUAUUCCCUUUGAUCCUGAUGACACAGUAAUAUUAGACGACGAUUCAGAUGCCUGUAUUUCGUUUCGUGCGAACUUGCUUGCCGAGCAUUCCACUGCUUAAUUAUUAUUAUUAUUUUUUAUUCAUUUUGGGUGAAAUAAUUAAUCAUGGAAAAAUGAUUCCGUUGUGGCCUGUGAAUAUUCUUCGCAAAGGGUUACAAGUUCUCUUUUAUUAAAGGCCUUUUCACAUGCUGCAUUUAAUUUUAUUACGCUUCUAUUAUCAUUAUUAUUUAUCCCUAAAAAAAAAACAAAGGCCUUUAAGUGCGAUAUUAAAAACGCUUCAGCUUAUUCAAGGAAUGGAUAAUGUUUUAAAUCCAUGAAUUUUUGUUGAGUCGUGAUUUUUUUUUUUUGGCGUUCUUUUUUCUUAAGCAAAUAUGCUUUGUAUGCAAAAUGUUGUUUAUGACUCUUUAAUGACAAUUUUUUGUUUUCUAUAUUUUUCGUACCUGGUAGUAAUGUGU